GCAUGUCUCUCUAUCUACUCCUGACAUAUUGCUUGAUGGCCAAUCUCAUUUUCCCGACCUUUCAUAGACUCUUUGUGCCAUCACCCCGGGCUGACUGAUUGGCACAUGGAUGCAGCUAAUCAAGGGAGAGAUUCGGCUUCGAUGUUCUUUCCCUCGCUCAACACAAGACUAUAUAUAACCAGGACAAUCGAGUGGCUAUACGUUCAUGUCCAACACAUACAUUCCCCUCUCUCGCUCUCUCUCUGACGACACAAAUUCCACGAGAAAUACAACUAUGUCAAAGCAAAGUUCGUCCACUACUCGAAGCGGCAUUGCCGGCUCGAACGUCUCAAAGCCAUCAGAGAUAUUCUUCCCCUUGGCCAAGUACGUCUUUGAGCACCCCGAGCUUCAGAACAUGGCGAGUAUCCAGCGAGGGGUCGACUGCUUGAUGAAGCUCUUGGACAAAGACCCUUCUACGAGGGACUUCUUCGCCAGAACAGAUCUCACGGGACAACCUGUGCCAGCUCUGCUCGAUUCCGUUCGGGAGGCAGGAAAGCGUUUCCGAACGACUACACGCUACACUCAUGGCGAUACCCUGCUCGGCAUGGAUUACAUCCUGAUGGAGACCGAUGAUGAUGGAUCGUUGCAAAGUGGCGGCAUGGGCUGCAGAUUCAGCGCUUCGACGCGAGACGGUCAAACGGUGUACUCUGACCCUGUCGGAGUGGAAUGUGAUGAAGGCUAUUGGCAGAAGUCUCGAGAGAUGGCUUCUUAUUACAAAAAGGUGGACGACCAGCUCAAUCCUGGCCAAAGCACGCCCGCGACGGGACAUUUCAAGGUACUUUCGCGGUUAAGAAACUAGUGCGGCGUUGUGAAAGGGCCUCACGAGUUUGGCGGGAGCCCGACAAACACCUAAGUUUCUUUUUCCUUCUCCCAUGCAGCAUUUUGCCGUAUCUGCCUCAGAACAGUUCUAUUAUGCAUUCCCCCCUCAUAACGAAACGGCGAUGCACGGAUGAAUGUGACUCCAUUGUUAC